AUUUGCGAGGUUUCUCAUUUUUGCUUGAAUUUACAUGGAACAUAAACCGAAUAUCGUAUAAAAAUAUAAAGAAUAAUGACAAUUCUUGAUAAAAAUACAGUUUGCAUUCUAUUAGCGGUCAAGCAGAAUUGAUAAAAACAAGUGGUCUAAUAUUUGAUUCGCCAUAAGAUUUGUGAUUUGUGUACACCAAUUAUGUACACUUAUUUGUAUGUAUACAAAAUGAUAAAAUAUUCUUUUUACUGUUACUCGGUCAAUAAGAACAGCUGCUCAAUAUUCAGUUCGUUGAACAUAAAUAAACAGAUAAGUGCAUUUCUGCGAUAGUCAUCAAAAAAUCGUAGUAAGUCACAAACAGAUUACAUGCAAAAAUAUAAUCGAUGAACAGAUCGGUUUGGACUUGUUCAAUCCGAGAAUGCAAAUGCGCAAAUUAUGUGCGUUAUGAUUUAGUCUCUUGUCAGCCAUCAACAAGACAAUAAUAACAGCUCGUCAAUCGAUUUUUAAUUUCAUUUUAUUUUAUUUGUCAUCAUGUCUGAUCGAAAACGAAAGAAAGUGACACUGUCCUUAUCACAAAAGGCUGAAAUUAUUGAAAAAUUGGGAAACGGUGUGAUGGCAAAACGGAUUGCUGAAGACUAUGGUGUCAGUGAAUCUGCAAUAAGUUAUAUUAAAGGGCAAAAGUCGCAAAUAUUAGAAGCUGUGUCGAGUACUGUUCACGAAAUUAAAAAGAAGUCAUUGCACAAGCCAGAUCAUGUGGAAAUGGAAGAAAAAUUAUACAAAUGGUUUGAGUUUCAACGUUCCAAACACUGUCCAAUCUCUGCACACAUUAUCAAAGUGAAAGCCAAAGCUAUUUUCGAGGAAAUGUAUCCUGAUAAGGACGAUUCAGCAUUUGUUGCAAGUAACGGUUGGUUUGAAGGCUUCAAGAAGAGGCACGGAAUUCGAUUUUUGACCGUAGCUGGCGAGAAACUGUCGGCGGACUUGACUUCUAUCACACCAUUUAUCCAUCGUCUUCAUGCAAAGAUACUUGAAAUGAAUAUCACCGAAGAUCAACUGUAUAAUGCAGAUGAAUCUGGCAUUUAUUAUCGAAUGUUGCCAAAACGAACAUACGUCUGUGCAUCAGAAACAAGCGCACCUGGUCGAAAAACUGCAAAAGAACGUUUGACAUUCAUGCUAACUGCGAAUUCAGGUGGAUCCCACAAAGUGAAACCGCUCAUAAUUGGAAAAUCGAAAAAUCCGCGAUGCUUCAAGGGAUUCAUCAAUCCAUUGCCGUAUGCGAAUUCAAAAUCAGCUUGGAUGACGCGAGACAUUUUUCGUGCAUGGUUUUUCAAUCAUUUUGUUAAGGAGGUUCGCGAAUUUGCAAGAGAAAACAAUUUGCCGCCGAAAGCAAUUUUGCUCAUUGAUAACUGUCCGGCCCAUGAAGAAUUGCAAACUGACGAUGGAAAUAUAAUUACGAUUGCUCUGCCACCAAACGUUACGUCUGUGCUACAACCAAUGGAUCAGAGUCCAAUAAACGUGUUUAAAAUGAAUUAUCGCAAACUACUUUUGUCGUCUGUUGUUGCAAAUGAAAACACAAAUAUUAUUCAGGCUUUGAAAGAACAUAACAUUCGUGAUGCAAUCGUAAUGAUGAAAGAUGUUUGGGCGAAUUUCUCGAACACUCUUCUGCAAAAUUCAUGGUCAAAGAUAAACAACUGGGAUAAAGAUGAUUACACAGAAGAGGAUUUAGUUCCAUUGUCAUCAUUAAGAGCACCAACUGUUGAUUACGAAAACGUUUUGGGUGAAGUUCAAACACUUUUGAAUUCAAUUGCACCGGACAGUGAAAUAGCAACGAAUGAAAUCGAAGAAUGGAAUAAUGACACAACAGAAAACGUUGAAUUGGAUGACGUCGACAGUUCUGACUCAGAAGGAGAAGCAGCGGCUGUAGUGAAAAUUCCACAUUCUGACGCGAUCGAUCAUGUCAACAAAUUAAUCGAAUGGUGUGCCCAAAACGAAAGUGUUGGUAUCAAACAUACAUUCAGUCUGUUAUCCCUUCGUUCCGAUAUUGUAACAGCACACACAACGAAAGCAACAAAGCAAAAGCAACUAACGGAUUAUUUCAAAUAAAAUCAAAAAUUAAUAUUCCUUAUAUAAACACAAACAGUCAUAAGUAAUAAGUUUUGUUUUGACUCAUUUUUUUUCUUCUACGUUUGUAAACAAACUAUUUAUCAUCAUUAAAAUACUUGUAAUAAGCAUGUAUCGCAC